UUACAACAUCAUCAAAAUGAUGAUACAUUUCAUUCAACAUUUCCAAGAUUAUCAUCAUUUCAUCAAUUUUGGCCUGGAUAUGCAACGGCUGCUGCCGCCGCUGCUGCUGCUGCAAAUUCUACAGUUAUAAAUUCCAAUGGAGAAUCAUUUGGUGAUCAUACAGUUACAGCCACUACAGCUGCUACACAUCAAUAUUAUAAUGGUGAUCAUCGACAAUCGCCACAUCAUCAUCCACAUUUAGCAUCAACAUUUCCAAUGGAUUCAUUACUUCAUCAUCAUCAUCAUAGUCAAACAACAUAUGGAACAACACAUCAUCAUCAUCAUGGUCAUGGCCAUCAACAUUCAUUAUUUACACCAUAUGGUUCAUCAACAACGACAACCACAUCAUCAAAUGAUAAUAUUGGUCAUCAUUAUGAAACUGAAUUAACUAAAGCAAAUCUAGUCAACAACAAUAAUCGAUCAUCAUCACCGACAACAAUAACAGCGCGAGGAAAAAAUGAUUCUAGUAAAAUUUCACAAGAUUCCACAACGAAAACAAUAACAUCUACUAUGGCUGCUGCUUUAUAAUAUUUGAAAGAAAACAGACAGAAAAUUCAAAUAAAUGAAAUACGAAAGAC